GCAUUGCUGAGGGCGACCACACGCGGCUCUGUGGCGGCGCUUCCUGUGGGUUCAGCAUGCAGCAGCAGCAGCGCUUCCACACAAACACUCCGGCUGCACGGAGGCGCGCGAGCUGCUCGGCUGCCUGUAAACAUCGCGCGCGUCCGCGUCUCCUCCUGUGGAUCAAAGCCGCGCUCGCGCUCUUCAUCCUCACCAUGGGCUAAGAGCGGCGCGCGCCGGUGUGUGUGCGAUCCAGCCCUUCAGCCAUGGGCACGCGCGCUCUCUGCUGGGGUUUUGUUAUUCUCUCUCUGAGCGCGCGACGCGCAAACAGCGAAUAGAAAGAGGGGAUCGGUUCAAUCCCUCGGGUCGUCUCUCUCCGCUUGCUCUUCUUUUGGUCUUGUUUUGGAGAGACAGAGAUGAUUGCAGAUUUGGUGUGCAGCGCUGUGGCUCUGGUCCUGUACGUCAACACACUGGGCGCUGAUUUCUGCUACGAUGACAGCCGUGCUAUCAAAACCAACCAGGACCUGCUUCCUGAGACACCAUGGACCAACGUGUUCUAUGAUGAUUUCUGGGGUACCUUACUCACACACAGCGGCAGCCACAAGUCCUACCGGCCUCUCUGUACUCUCUCCUUUCGCAUCAACUAUGCCCUGAGUGGCCUGGAGCCAUGGGGCUACCACUUAGCCAACGUGGCCCUUCACUGCAUCGUAACGGCACUGUUUACACGCCUGGCACGCCUGCUGCUGGGUACGGGCUGCUGGAGGCUGCUUGCAGGACUGCUAUUCGCCUCGCAUCCUGUUCACACCGAGGCUGUCGCAGGCAUCGUUGGCCGUGCCGAUGUGGGAGCGGCACUGUUUUUCCUCCUGGCACUGCUCUGUUAUGUGGGGCACUGUGACCAGCGGGCGGAGGGGGCCCAGCGUCAGUGUUGGGCGUGGUUUGCGGGCAGCCUGGCCUGCUCGGCCUGUAGCGUGCUAUGGAAGGAGCAGGGCAUCACCGUGCUCGCCGUGGCAGCUGUCUACGACGUGUUUGUCUUCCACCGGAUGAAGCUGCAGCAGCUCCCCGGAAUCUUCUACAAGAAGAAGAAUUUGCGCCUCCUGCUGAGUGUGUUUCUUCUGGGCUCCUGGGGGAUCUUCCUGCUGGGUUUCCGCCUCUACUGGAUGGGCAACAAACCUCCAAAUUUCUCCAAUUCUGACAACCCUGCAGCAGACUGCCCAUGUUUUCUGACCAGGGCACUCACUUUCUUCUACCUGCCUGUCAUGAAUAUGUGGCUCUUCCUUUGCCCAGACAGGUUGAGCUUUGAUUGGUCCAUGGACGCACUACCUCUUCUGAGGAGCACCACCGAUUGGAGAAAUCUCCAUACCAUUGUAUUUUAUGCCACACUGCUGGCCCUGGCAUGGUUUGGUCUUUUUACUCGAACAUGCAAGGAGAAAGAGUCAAAUGGGAAGACACAUGUAGCAAAUGGAAAGUCCACCACAAAUGGACACAGUUAUCAUUCAGACUGUGAACACUCUAUUACAGACUCGGACUCUGUUCAGACAAACGGGGCCAGUGGAACGAAAAAGCCUGAUAUAGCUAGGACUUCUUUGCCCACCACUGAGAAUGUAGUGGUCUUCUCAUUAGGGCUGUUGGCCAUCCCUUUCCUCCCUGCCACCAACCUCUUCUUCUACGUUGGUUUCGUGGUGGCAGAGCGGGUCCUCUAUAUCCCCAGCAUGGGCUUUUGUCUGCUGGUGGCGGUGGGGAUGCGGGCACUCUGGAUCAGACUAAGAACGAACUCGUCCAAGACUCUGGUGCUCACCUGCAGUGCUUCUCUGGUGCUGCUAUUUGGAGUUAAGACUUUUCUGAGGAACCAGGACUGGCAUAAUGAGGAGAUGCUGUACAGGUCAGGGAUAGCUGUGAACCCUGCUAAAGCUUGGGGGAACUUGGGAAAUGUCUUGAAGAACCAGGGGAAGAUGGCCGAGGCUGAGCAAGCCUACAGAAACGCUCUGUACUACCGGAGGAACAUGGCUGACAUGUUGUACAACUUGGGUCUGCUGCUACAGGAGAACAACAAGUUCUCAGAGGCUCUCCACUACUAUAAGCUGGCCAUCGGGAGCAGGCCAACUCUCGCUUCCGCCUACUUGAACACGGGUAUCAUUUUGAUGAACCUGGGCCGCUUCGACGAGGCCAAGCGAACGUUCCUCACCUGUGCUGACAUCCCUGAUGAAAACCUGAAAGAUCCUCAUGCACAUAAGAGCUCUGUCACCAGCUGCCUCUAUAACCUAGGCAAGCUGUUGCAUGAACAAGGCCACCAGGAGGAAGCCCUGUCUGUGUAUAAAGAAGCAAUCCAGAAAAUGCCCAGGCAGUUUGCUCCUCAGAGCCUCUACAACAUGAUGGGCGAGGCCUACAUGAGGAUGAACAAGUUAACUGAUGCCGAGUACUGGUACAGGGAGUCACUCCGAGCCAAACCAGACCAUAUCCCAGCACACCUCACCUAUGGCAAGCUUCUGGCCAUGACGGGUCAGAAAGCUGAAGCAGAGAAGUACUUUAUGAAGGCCAUUCAACUGGAUCCCACUAAAGGGAAUUGCUACAUGCAUUACGGUCAGUUUUUGCUGGAGGAGUCCCGCCUCUUGGAAGCUGCCGAGAUGGCACAGAAGGCCGCUCAGCUUGACGGCGAGGAGUUUGAUGUGGUUUUCAGUGCGGCGCAUAUGCUCAGACAAGCCAGCCUCAAUGACGCAGCGGAGAAGUACUACAAACAAGCAGCUGCCCUGAGACCUGAUUACCCUGCAGCCCUGAUGAACCUUGGUGCUAUCCUUCAUCUGAACGGCAAACUUCAGGAGGCUGAAGCCAAUUACCUGCGAGCCCUGCAGCUCAAACCUGACGAUACCAUUACCCAGUCCAACCUGCGCAAGCUGUGGAACAUCAUGGAGAAACAAGGCCUGAGGACAAUGGCCCCUUGACGCCAGCACACUCUGUGGAGUUCAGUGUGAAAUAUACCUUCUCGUGCGACGUGAUCCAUAUCUUGAGCAGUUCAGCAAGAAUUUCGAGAGACUGCGAUGUUUCCCUUGUAGGUCUGGGAUCCUGAAAUGGUACGUUGGAGAGUUUGCUUGCGAACUGCAACUUUCUCAAGAACUGCAAGAACUUAGGACUCAGCGUUCUCAACAGGGACACUUAAGUUGAAGUGGGCUGUUGGUACAUACUUGAAGUUUUUCAAUAUUUUGGCUAUUAAUUAGAUAAGUGAUGCCUCAUGGUAUAUGUAGGGCUGCAUUUGUCAUGAAGAAGUGCAAAAUUAGGAGGGAAUGAAUUUCGUGCUCUGAAAAUGCUCAAAGCUUUUGAUUUUGAUAUCAUUGGGUUCCUUGAUUUAUAUGAUUAGAUUAUCUGAUCUUUAAGGAAGCUUUCCUGAUGCUGAUCAUAAGAAUCAUGUGUCAACAAAGAAAUUCUGGCCAUCUAUAAUGGUGCACCAAUUUUUUUUUUUUAAACCAUGUUUUCCCUUUUUUUCCCCCCCCAAACCAAUGUUGCACCAUUGCCAAUUCCUACUGCUUAGCCAAUUCCCCUUACUACACUUACAAACCAGAGAGUGCAAAGGCUAACACAUGCUUCCUCCAAGACAUGAUUUUUUUUCCCCACAUUGCUGCUGUUGCAUCGUCACAUGGCAGCUGAACAUGCAUGAAGGAAAGUGUUAACUUGUUCUCAUUUGUAUAUAUGAGCUAACCCUUGCACACAGUUGACUAGUGAUGCACUAAACUUCCGGAAAGAGGCAAAUAAUGGCUGCCAAUAACCAUCAGUAACGACCAUCCUUCCAUUGCAGAAAGGAGGGCUGAUUUAUUCUCUUCUGGAAUCCCAGCCACUUGUGCGCGUCAGGAUCCAAAUACACAAUUUCUUAACAAUAGAGGUUUUCGACCCACGUGACCGUUGCCAUCUCGACAAGUAGAUGGCGCCAUUUUGGCGGUCACAACAAUGGCGACUCCUGCUAGCCCAACAUGUGGGUUAUCGAGCGACAUUACACUGUCAAUAUGCUACUAAACCUAAAUUGAAUAACUUUAAGAAGAAGUAGGCUACUACUUUUAAUAUUUAAAUAGAAAAACCUACUUUAAAGAUUUGUCAAAAAAUAUGUAUUUUCCCUUUUCACAGCAUGCAUUGUUUGAAUGGUUGCCAUGACAACAUAUGCAAAGAUUUCCAACAACAUUUUGUGGCAAAAAAAUUCCAUAACAGUCUACUUCAACGUGAUACCAAAUAAAAGUAAAUUCAUUGCAGUUAGAAAAAUAGUGUCCAGGUUGAGAGAGAGAGAGAGAGAGAGUUACAUUAAUCAUAUAGAAAAACGCAUAAUAAUUAAUGUGUCUAGUAUCAAAUUCGAGUUUUGUCCAUUGCAUAUUCACAUCUAAAAAGUACAGCCCACCCAACAACAUGGCUCUGCCUCGCCUGAGGGCACCGUGUAUUAGAGGUCUGCGCAGGACAGAAUUUUCAGUCCCGCUCCCGCCCGCUCCCGCAUUGUGCAGUCCCGCUCCCGCAAAGAAUUAUGAUUUUCAGUCCCGCUCCUGCAUUGUGCAGUCCCGCUCCCGCAAAGAAUUAUGAUUUUCAGUCCCGCUCCCACCCGUGCCUGCCAUAUUUUGUCCCGCUCCCGCCCGCAAAUCCCUCAUGAUGCAGACGUUCACGUUAUUUCUCACGAAAGUUCUAGUCAUUGGCUUGAGGAAUUAAACAUGCUGAGCUUAGCUGAGCUCUCCACUGACCGAUCCUUCACCUAGCGCACGUAGCGAGGGUGCGCGUUGCCAGGCGGCAUGCACAGCUGAGGCUUUACAUCUAUCUAUCUAUCUAUCUGUCUGUCUGUCUGUCUGUCUGUCUGUCUGUAUCUCUGUCUGUCUGUCUAUCUCUCUGUCUGUCUGUCUGUCUAUCUGUAUGUCUGUCUAUCUCUCUUUCUCAAUCUUUCUCUAUCUGUCCGUGUGUGUGUGUGUGUGUGUGUGUGUGUGUGUGUGUGUGUGUGUGUGUGUGUGUGUGUGAAACAAAUCCAAAGGUGAGAAUUAGUCUUGGGGCAAAACCCUGACAGCGUUUGGCCAGAGUGUCAUAUUACACUGAGGCUAUUCUCUCUCUCUCUCUCUCACACACACACAGGAAAUGAAGAAAAUAAAAAGGAAUAAGAAAAAAUAAAUAAAUAGAAAGAAGUUUGAAAGUGAAAAAGAAGAAAGCGAGACUAUGACAUUGAGGAAGAAAAGAGAAAAAACAACAAAUGAAAGAACAAAUAAAAUGAGUGCGUGAGAGAGAGAAGAGAGAGAAUGAGAGUGUCAGUGUAUGAACAAAACAAAAAAUAAUAAGACUUUAUACACACACACACACACACACACAUAUAUACACACACUUAUGCACACGCACGCACACACACACACUUAUGUACGCACACACAGACACACACACAGGCAAAAAUAUUAAAAUUGCGCAUUGGCAGUAGUGCAUUAGCAUUGUGUGUGUGUGUGUGUGUGUGUGUGUGUGUCCCCUCUGAAAAAACAUGUGCGGAAAGGAAUCGGAAACGUACGCGAGAUUAGACCACAUCCGCAAAUUUAGGCAUCUUAAAAUGUUUUUAUUAAUGCCAAAUAAAAUAUCCAGCACAAAUUGUAUAUGAUAGACAUAAAUUAAUAAUUUAUAAAUUUUAUUUUAAACACGUUUUUAGUUUGCGGGACUGCAGCUUAUCACCUCUCCCGCCCACUCCCGCAUUGUGCACUCCCCCUCCCGCCCGCGCCCGCAAUGAGCUUUCAAAAUUUGUCCCGCGCCGCACUGCUUUGCGUCGGGUCCCGCGGGACUCCCGCGGGAGUGCAGGGCUCUACCGUGUAUGUUAAACCUAGACACUGCCUAACAGGGCUUAUGUGUAGGCUAGGUGCUAGGCUACAUGUAUAAUUUGUCAUUUAUCUCGCAUACGAUAUCUUUAAACUUUUGGAAAAGUUACCCGAGACAAAAUGUUUGCCACACAAACGCGUGUGUUCGGUGGGCUGCCAAUUCUCUCGCCUGAUCGCCACAAUCCACUUUUCGUGACGCUGUCGAUCGGCCGGGAACCUAUGGAACGUUAAUCCAGGUUUUUCCCCUCUUCUGUUGUGGCAGCUAACUGCACAACACGUAUCAGGCAUUCUAUGAUAAAAGUAAGCGAUGAAGAAGAUGGAUAUUACAAGCGUUGUUUGCUGAUAAGUGUGGCUUUGUUUGACCUCCAAAAUGGUGGCAUAAACAGUAUCACGUGGUCGAAAACCUCUAUAGGCUGAACAUUUCACAGUUUAGCUGUUCAGGAGCAGCAAUCAUCUGGUUGUUGUUGGAGGUUUGUUUGUUUUUUUUUGUUGUUGUUGUUUUACUCUUUCUUCCAUAUGGAGAACAAUUCCAGUGCAGAUCAAGCCAACCAGUGUCAUAUUUCACACAAUGUUUGGUCAUUAAUUUUAUAAAACUCAGCUGCAAACAUAUUUGUCAAAUGAUUUGUCAGGUGGCAAUGAGUAAGCUCUGAAGACACUGACAAGAGAUGAUUAAUUGCCAUAUUGAACAUAUAGUAAUAAGAAAAGUCCAUAUACUGAAAUAAGCUCUUUUGUGGCAUUUUAGGCAUAUUAGUGUCAUGGCUGGUGAUCGUCUAUACAGAUGGAUUCAUUUGAACUGUGUUACCAAAAACAACAUGCGCCCUUGAAGUUAAUAAGCUAAAUGUAGCUUGAUUUUUUUUUUUAAGCAAUGUAGCACAGAUGGCUUCUUUGCUCUUUGUUCAUUUCUUUGCUAACUAAGAAAUUUCGUCUAUAAUCGACACAGAGCUAAACGACUCUCGGAUCACUGGACUCUGUGUUUUUGCCUAACAGAGUUUUAUCAGCUGUAAACAUUGUACAGAAAUGUAUAGAUGGACAGUGCAGUAAUUUGGAUGUAAUCUGGACAAGAUUUACACACAAAAUGCUACACUUUGGCCUUAUAGGAAUUCAUUCAAAUCAUAUUUUUUACUAUUUCAACCCAAAGCUUUAUCUACUAUAUAUGUGCUGAAACCUACAGUCUGCCUUUUGCUGCCAUAUGAGUAACACAACCUGAAAAUGAGAUUCCUCACUAAUUUGGAUUGUGUCAUUUUGUUUUAUUUUUAUUUAUUUGGGACAAUUUCCCAGUCUCUCGUUAAUUUUUCUUCAUCUGUCUAGAAAAACUUAACAAAUAUUGGGCCUCAUUUAUCAAUCUUUUGGUACAGGCCAAACUGAAAUGUACAAAUGUUUCAGAAAUGCAGUUUUCCUUCAUCCUCACGUGCAUAUGUUGUUAAAUGCCAAUCAAUAAAUUGCCACUUGCAUUAAUGGCAGAGCUAAUUUACAUUUGUUGACUCCAUAAAAGGCAAAGUUCACAAUAAAUGAGCGCCUUCGAAGCAUGGUGUGCGCUAAAUAUUCCAGUAAUGCAGCUCAGCCAUUGCAGAACAUUUGACGCGGUACGCGGUGGUCCGGACUACCGUUGUGGUCCGGACCACGCCGUUUUCAGGUGUGGUCCGGACCACCAAGUUCAGAAGACAAAUAAAUUUUAAAUUUUCAGCUACUUCUUCCCCUAAUUUAGAAUAAAUUCUUUCCUUUGCCCUUUCUUCUGUUGCUUUGUAGUCUCUAGCACAUUUUUUCUUAUUCCUUAGAAGCUGUUCAUAACCACCCUGAGACAUAAUGACGAAAGUUGGUAAAAUUAUUUUUCACUUCCCUCGUGGCAGCUCCCGCUUUUUUACAUGCGUUAGAACUGGUAUCUUUUAUUGCGCGUGUGUUUUACGCAUGCAUUUCUCUUCCGGUUUGAGAAAAAAUAACAAAUGAUGUACGACUUUGUAAAAAAACUCGUAUUAAAUGACAAACACAGUAUGAUUUUGGUAAGUUUUUAUUUAUAUCGUAAUAUAAUACAGUAUACGGUGAACCGGACCACAAUCCAGGAAAAAUAAUUAAUUAAUGCCCUCGUUUUGUAUGGAAAAUACGGUGAUCCGGACCACCGCGUACCGCGUCAUUUUCUACAAUGUACACACACACACUUCCUCCUUUUAUAGGGUGCCAUUUCUUUUCCCCCCUCAUAUGAAAUAGCUUGUAUCAUUUGGCUUCAUUUAUUAAUCAGUUUUGGAUCGUGUUUGAAAUUAAGUUUCAGAUUUUGUUCACUCAAUUAAGGCCUGGUCCCACAAUAUCAAUAACUAUAACUACAACUACUGUAUAAAUAAAUUGGUCCCCUAUAGUUUAUGUGACUGGUGGUCACACCAGACCGAUAACGAUACCUAUAGCCCAGGCCUGGGUUUAUCCGUAUUGUUAUCACUGAGAUUGCUUCUGGAGCAAUUUUUCCAGGCCUGGACCUGAUCCGAUAAAACAUCUAUCUGACCAAUCAGGUAAUUGUUUACAUGUAAUGCUGUCUGAGCACGUACUAUUUUUCCCCGGGCAUCUUUGUACAUCUUUGUUGCAUCAUGAAGUCACGGAAUACAGAUUGACGGAAAAUAAAAAAAUAUAAUACAAAGCACGGAUCUUUUAUUCAUGGAUAUGUGAUUUUCCGUGAAAUAUCAAUAGUAAAUUAAUAAAGUAAACAUAUAAAUGCUGGUAAGAUAUUUUAAUUAUGAACUUCGGCAGUCCAAACAUUUAAUUGUUUUAGACUUCUUAAUUUUUUUUAUCCAUGAUGCAUCAUCCGUAUGAAAUCCAUAACUAAUCUCUAAUAUACUGAAACAUCCGUGACCAAUCCGUAAAUUAUUAGCAUCCGUAUUAAAAUCCGUAACCAUUCUGUAUUUUGUAUCCUUUUUUAUUUUUAUAUUUCUGUAGUUCGUGACCUAUCCAUAUUUUGUCAACCACUGGAGUGUGUGCAUGGGUUGUUUUGAAAUCCAAGCUGUACAGUACGACCCUGAAUAAUGUGCUACUACUUGGAAAAAACUUCCAUGACUAUUCCUAAGCUGCAUGUAUUUAUUUCCCUGAAUGUCAGGACCAAGCGAUAUUAUCGUGGGGAUUAUAGUUGUGGUAUGACUGCUCCAGACUGGAACUAAACUCAGGCAGAAGGAUAGUCAGAGCUGUAAAUAUACACUACCGUUCAAAAGUUUGGGGUCACUUUGAAAUGUCCUUAUUUUUGAAAGAAAAGCACUGUUCUUUUCAGUGAAGAUCACUUUAAACUAAUCAGAAAUCCACUCUAUACAUUGCUAAUGUGGUAAAUGACUAUUCUAGCUGCAAAUGUCUGGUUUUUGGUGCAAUAUCUCCAUAGGUGUAUAGAGGCCCAUUUCCAGCAACUCUCACUCCAGUGUUCUAAUGGUACAAUGUGUUUGCUCAUUGCCUCAGAAGGCUAAUGGAUGAUUAGAAAACCCUUGUACAAUCAUGUUAGCACAGCUGAAAACAGUUGAGCUCUUUAGAGAAGCUAGAAAACUGACCUUCCUUUGAGCAGAUUGAGUUUCUGGAGCAUCACAUUUGUGGGGUCGAUUAAAUGCUCAAAAUGGCCAGAAAAAUGGCUUGACUAUAUUUUCUAUUCAUUUUACAACUUAUGGUGGGAAAUAAAAGUGUGACUUUUCAUGGAAAACACAAAAUUGUCUGGGUGACCCCAAACUUUUGAACGGUAAUGUAGGUGUAGGUACAGUUAUCAGUGUUGUGGGACCGGGCCUUUAGUGUGUGCAGUUGACAGAAGUAAGCCAUUUAAAGUUGUCAGUGUACUCCAUAUGCAAAAUUGCAGUAACAGUUGUAUGAUUUGAAACUCAUUGGACUCAUUGGAGGGAAGUGUUCUUGUCCGUAAAUUUGCACAAAGAGCUCUCGUAAGACACAAACAGGUUUGGUUGUUUUGCUUUUUUUUCUGAACUAACUGGACUUUCAUGAAUGCCAAAUUUCUUGUCUAAAUGCCCUUGGGAAUGAUUUAUGAAUACGUUUAUUUUGUAUCCAGAUUGAUAAAUGAGGUCCAGGAUCAAAUACUGGAAAUAUAUAUUUAUAUGUAAAUGUUUCAGGCUUCCAGUUUAAAGAUGACUAUGUAUGAGACUCGGAGCAUCACCUGCAGCCCAUGAAUUACCAAGCUGUCACCAGGCUUUAUGUUCCUCCAUCAGAACAGAAGUAUAUAAAUAUCCCCUGAUUAAAGACGUUUUUUUGUUUUUUCUCUGCUCUGCCAGAAUAAAGCCUGUGCUGCCUCUCUGAGCCAAACUUUUAGUUACAAGCUCUGCCAGUUGGAAAAGAAUUUGCCGAUGCAACAGUGUGAAGCAGGAAGCACUUGAGCUACUCCAUGACCAUGUUUUUCUGAUUGCCUUUCACUUCGCUUUACAGCAAAACUGUAGCUGAACUUCAGAAGUGUGUCAGAUGCAAAGCUUUGAGAGUCUCCUAACCAAAUAUAAACCACAUUGCACUCAUGUAACAAUGCACAGCCAUAAGUUUGGAAGGGAUUGUUUAUAUGUCAUCUUGGUGUAUUAUUUCUUGUGAUUUUUGUAUCACUCAUACUGAAUUUUAGUGUAUAAAGUAAACCUAAUAUAUGCCAUUUUUUUUUUGGGGGGGGGGGGGAUUUCGCAAAGAACGUUGAGCCAGAAAUCACUAAAUCCUAACGUUCUCUUCUCUUUCUAUCAUUUUUUUUGUCUUCGUUUCUAAUUCAGGUGUUAAUAUUUGUACAUAUUGUGUGCGAAUAUAUUACUUGUAAUUAAAUUUCAUGUACUGUAGUCAACCCUGCCACUAGCUCAAGUUUCUCUUGUUUAUUUCCAAUCAUGAAGAAUAUUCGGAUCAUGGUUUAAGUUUGCUCAUUAUAUCUGAAAGGCAUAUUAUUGGAUGUUUAGCAGAUUUUAAUUCUUAAUUUAUUUCCAUUGUGGUGUCUUGUUUGGGGAAAAAAAAGAUAAAAUAAACCAGCUGGCACUGUGUUGUAAAACCAUGUAACAAGUUCAUCCAUCGAUUCUUUCUUUCUUUCUUUCUUUCUUUCUUUCUUUCUUUCUUUCUUUCUUUCUUUCUUUCUUUCUUUCUUUCUUUCUUUCGGAACCACUUUUGUUAACAAAUAGUUGAUGAUAGUAGGGUGAAAAUAGAAAACAUGUUAACUGCCCUACUCUUAAAUCAAUCUUUUUUUCAUAUGGGCGUUCGACUAAAAUCUCAAUAACAUAAAUAUAUUUUACAAUCAGUCGUACUUCUCCCUAUAGCUGACCUAACCACAGCCCUUUUCUCCUCCAUGAAUCUCAGCUCAUGCUGGAUUUAAACGGCUGUGACUGUGUGUUCUCACCAUCCUGUAUGUAGCUCCAUUCAGCUGUACCAUUAUGUGCGAAAGGAGUGCACCAUCCUUUCCCUCGCUUUUCUCACGUGUACAAAAUGAAACCCAUUCGGCAUGAGUCUUGCGUGUGUUUGUCUUUCCUCAGGGAUUUCAGUCUGUGGGUCAUUGCAGAAGAGUGCUUUAUUGAGCACUGAGAGUGUACUAAAUUUCAAAAGGUUUAUUUUUUUUUUAAACUGUGUUGUAUUUGUAUAAAUUAUCAAUUUGUAGCUUUCCUUUCUUCCCUUUUGUAAUAUAAAAUAAAGUAUGUGCCAGAUAUGA